AUGCACGCCUUGAUUCUUCUGCCCUUCUUUCUUUUACUCCAGUUAUGCCAGGCCAUCACAUCACCUGAUAUCUACUCCCUUACACAGCCCGCAGCGGCCAGUGUAGCUCUACCCGAGGACAGUCUGCCACCUACUGUGCCUUCGAAAUCGAGAUAUGCCGCUGGGCCGAGCUCCGGGUUGAACAUCUUCCUACCAGACUAUGAAGCAGACCCCAAUUGGCUUCCCCUGACACUAUCUCUCAAGACCAUCGGUUUACAAGUCAAGGUUCUCGAUACGCUGAACAUUUCUUCACAAUGCUGGACUUUGCUUGUCUACACGUCUCCAAGCGUGAGCUACAGCCCAACCUCUGCACAUGUUUCAGCCUUCAAGUCUUUCGUCGCCAGGGGCGGGAGGUUGAUUUUCAUGAGCCAGGUUCCUUCCGCUCUUCAAUCUCUCGCAGGAGUGUCUGCGUCUACUAUAGACGUGAGUGGUGCGAGGUCGCUUUUGCAGGUGACCAACACCGAGACGACCGUCCAGGCUCUCCAAGGUUUCGACUUCACUGACUACUACGACACGAACAUGCCUUUUUAUGAAAACUACACUCAGGAAGGCCUUGUCAAUGUUGGCUACACGCCCGUCAAGGGCGCACAAACACUUGGCAAAUACCAGGUUCGAAACAAUGGUGUGGACAGCGCAGACAAAUCGGCUACAAGCGCAGCAAUAGUCAAGUACCAGCCUUCGGGUUCGAGCGGCUAUGUGUACAGUUUCGGAAUGGAUCUUGGCUAUCUGUUUAUCCAGGCGCAGAAUGAAGCCGGCGGCUACUCGCAGUGGUACGAUGGACAUUACUACCCUGGGUACGAUAUCGGCACACGCAUCAUCAAGAACAUUGUCACUACCAGCCCCCAAUUCGUAAGCCUAUGGACCGUCCCAUACAACAAGGGACUCGCUUUCACUACUACCUGGGAUAUCGACACAUACGUCUCGUACCCCCAUGGCCAGGGAAUAGCGGCCGCCGCACAGGAUAGAGGUGCCGCCGGUAACUUGAAUCUUCACACCAAGUACAUUACCGAUGCCUAUGAGAAUGCAUACUUUCAGUACGGCAUUCCAUACAUCUAUCAGAUCACAGGGUUUCGAACGGCUCCUGACGGGUACCCAUAUAUCGAUUUUGGCUCUCACACUGUCAGCCACUCGCCCAAUGCAGCAGGUUUCCCCUAUGGUACUCUUAAUGAACAGUUUGUUCAAGGGAGCACCGCAGGGUACGCGCCGUACAUUCACCAAUGCGGACCCAACGCUGACGGGACACCUUCGAACGACGAGGAAUGCAUAAAGGGAGGUCCUAGCGGACUCACUUUCUAUACGACGGGUGGCACUUCAUCGGGCGAAGUCCGCGUGAGUGGAUACCUUAUCAGAUAUCUACUCCAGGAUGUAUUCAAGACCAACUACAACCUCACUACCUAUCGUCCAGGAAACCUUGCGUGGAGCAAGUACCAAGCCACGCACUGCGUCGCGAACGGAUUCAUUGGUGGUUCUUCAUGCUCCGGAAACUCUCAUCUCACUCACCUUCCCUUUCAAGUCACCCACAAUCGCGAACCGUUCCAGGAGCUCACAUACUACGAGUUUCCACUCCAGUGGUCCGAUGGUGACGGGAACAUGAGCAGUGCCAUCUUUCCCGGUUCGGACUUCUCCAACCAAAUCAGCGAUAUCAAGAAAAUGGCACGUUAUGGCGGUCAUUACAACAUCUUGAUUCACCCUUCAGACGCCUUGUUCGACAAAAUUCAAAUCCAGCGCGCAUUCCACGACAACGUACGUCCUUUUGCAGUCUUCUUCAAUCAGACAGGAAUCGCCAACUGGUGGACCAAUCGGGACCGUGCCGUCGUGACCAUCACGGCAUCAAGUAUCACAUCUGUAACGAUGACAGUCCGUUUGGAUGGCCCUACUGAAGGACUCACCAUACAAGUACCUCGGACCUAUGCCUUCAAGUCCACUACGGGCUCUCUUUCCGUCUGCCAGCAGCUUUCGUACGACAAGACAACGAAUGCAGUAGUACUGCGCAACACGGCAAAGGGCCUGUACACGCUGACUUUCACCGUCGGUUUACUCGACGCGUCCGUCUCUACAUGCCCCGACUUCACACCAAAAGCGCUUGGCGAUACUGAAUGCAUAGCGUGGGACGUUAUGAUUGACGAUUUUCUCGAGCUGUACUUUGGCAACAACAAUGUCAAUCUACUUUUGUUGAAGACGAUUGCAACAGGCCUUUCGUCGAACAACGUGGACGGCACUUUGCAGCUCACAGCAACUACAAACAGCGGCGUCAACUCGUACUUUACGGAGAUCUCACGCUUCUGCUUCGACGCUUCGAUCUACACACAUCUGUACUUUGACAUGGUCGCUCCUCAAGGAACCACCUUUUACGUACAACUUGUCUCGUACGAUUCCGGGUGCAACACUGAAAAGCCAAGCGCCACAUACUUGGAUGUGUCCGCAUACGCCGCUGCAGACGGUCUGAAUCAUACGGUUACCAUACCAUUGUCAGACUUCGUCGGGCAGGAUAUGCAGCAUGUUCGCGGAAUACGUAUCGGCAACAUCUCACCAGCCCUUACGCCCAUUUACAUUGAUAACAUCAAGAUCCAAAAGCGAUGUGUGACAGCCCCAGGAGAAGACCGUACUCAGGGCCUUGCUAUCGAGUCCUUCCAAAAUGUUGAUCGGUGGAUCACUGGCAUCAACAACGUCUUCGGCGAUACCGACCACAACAAUUCGAUGACGUUUGCAAAACUCUCAGAGCUGGGGAGAAUGCAGCUGUUGCCUGCGAACACGAACUCAUACUUUUACACCGAUACUGCUAUCGACGGAGUGAAUCUGAACGCCACCGGGUACACUGCAGUCUCCCUAAAUGCGCGCGGUCCGGCUGGUGGCUCUUUUGACGUUGUCGUGAACUCUGGUACUGGUACUACCUCUACCGUCAACACCAAGUCGUAUGCUACCUUGGGCCAGGACAAGUUUACAAACAUUACAAUCCCUCUUUCGGCAUUCUCGGGACUCCGUACUGAUGCCAUGAGUCGCAUCACACUACGCAACUUCACACCCAAUGGUGGUUCUGCUGCAAGCAACUUCACGCUACGAUGGAUCUCUCUUCUGGGCGGACCUCCCGCAGGUGCUGCCGAUGCACGUUGCGCGAAGGCCUCUGGCUAUGUUGUGCUUGACUUCUGCGAUCCGACUGAAUUCAAAACGCAGACCAACGCCCUUGGAGGUUCCAUGUCGGACAACAAGACGAUGCAGGCUUACAAGCAAGUCGCCAGUGGAUCCGUGGAUCUCGUCCCUCGCGACGCGAAGUCCUUGUUCUACACGCUGCUCGCACAGCCAUCUGGCUGCGCAGCGGUCAACGGUUCUUACAAUGCGAUCAAGCUCUCCGUUUCCGGUCCGCAAGGCUCAACCGCGUAUGUUGGUUUCAAGUAUGGCACUCAGGGCUGCAACACCAACGCGCUCACAUCUUAUGUCCCGAUCACCUUCAACAGUGCACCGACACAAAUCACGGUUCCUUUCUCGCGCUUCCCGACUUCCUUUAACGCCAAGUAUCUCCAGUCAUUUAUCAUGACCAACUUCAGUUCUCCAGGCUCAACCUAUCGUCUUCAAUCCUUGGUCUUUACAGGACCUAUUGAUAGCCCUGGUUGCGCGCUUUGCUCAGGCACUAUCCUCAACUCGUGCACAUUCGCGUCCGAACCCCCACGGACGAAUUCACUUCUUGGCGCCUCGACUGAUGAAGGAUCUCUGGCUGCAUAUUCCGUCACUAACGACGGCUCACUCAGCAUGACUUCUAACAGCGGCUCAUACUGGUACUCUCAAUUUAGUUCCAGCACCUGCUACAAUGCGAACAAGGUGAAUGCAACAGGCAUUCAGCUCUCCGUUGCGGCUGCCGCAGGCACCAAUUUCCAAGUUUCGAUGCGCUGGAAGACGGAUGUUGAGUGUACACUGACGUCGCCUGCAUCUUCGGUUCCCAUCAGUUCGUACGCGACAUUUUCCGGCACUGACUCGUACCAAAUCGCAAACAUUCCCUUUUCGGAUUUCCCUGGAAUGAACUCGAGCAGGCUCGACAGCAUCGCGUUGUCGGCGUUCAGCCCCUCUAAUGCGCAGAUCAAGGUCGGCUGUGUCAGUUUGACUUCCACGGCAGCCGUGCCAUCGAAUCAGACGUGCAACUGCCCUGAUACCGCGUGGUUGAACUACUGCACUUCCAAGAACGUGGACCGCAAUGCCAAUGGCAAUGCGCAGAGCGACGACGGGACCAUGGCGGUUGCACCGUAUAUCAAGGACGGCGGUCUGGCUCUGCAACCUUCUGUCUCUGGAUCUUACUGGUACUCGCUGCAGAGCUGCGUCGAUGUUUCCACAUCUGGCUUCCUCUAUCUCAACGUCACAGCAAAGGCGGGUGCAAGCUUCAAUGUGCAGCUGCAGAGUGGUGGCAACGGCUGUGCUGCUUCUACAAUGCUUCAGCGAGCCAGUGUGGCAAGCAGUGCUUAUGGUACUCUGAGCGGUUCUCCUGUUGUCCUGAAAAUCCCCCUUUCGGCUUACACCGCGAGCAACAGCGCUUUCUCUCUCAAGACGAUUAGCGCGGUUAUUUUGGAAGGGUUCAGCGCGGAAACCUCGACAUAUCUCAUCCAUUGUGCGUACUUUGGUAAUGGUACGGCGAGUGCUGCAAUGGCUGGGGCAUCUACUGGUUCAUCGUCUGGCACAUCGUCCGGUACAUCGUCUGGUACUUCAUCUGGAACAGUAGCUGGACUGUUAGCUGCAACGCCAGCUGGAACAUCAAGCGGCACAUCGACUGGCACAACCAGUGCCACGACGAGUGGUCUAUCAAGUGGUACGACUACAGGUGCAACAAGUGCUGCUACACCGAGUGGUUUAGCAAGUGGUACAUCGAGGAGCACAGGUGUAUAGAUAUGAAUGU